UGGCUGGAAUUUCCGAUAAUAUUGAUUUUAUUAAUGCCAUGUGUGUAGAAGGCAUUUCUUUGUUAAAGUAUAUCAACAUGAGGUCAAGGACUACAUCAUGUUCAAUGCAUGAUCAUCUAAUUACAUUAUCUGAUUGGUCAGUUCUUGAGAUCGGUAAUUAAUAUCAAAUUUCUACAUGUGCUUGGACAUGCGGUCAUUCGCCUUUGUUUUGGGAGAAAGAAAAGAUCGUUUUGAAUUUAUCUGAAAAACUGAAAAAAAGAACUGUAGAAAGGCAUUCAUCGAAGAAUCCACAGAUUAGAAGCAAAAUGCCAAAGCAGAAGAGCCGAACAAGAAGAAAGGCUGCUCCACAAAAUCUUGAAGAUGUUCAAAAUUUAGUGGAGGAACAAAGUGAGAUACCACCACUAUACAGGCCACCAGUGCGGAGACGCAAUACAAGACGAGGAGUUCCUGAAACAAUUACCGAACAGCCGUCUGUUCCAACAGCAAAUUACAUUGCUGAUGCGUUAUUCCGAAAGUUUAAAAGUUCCGGCGUGCAACUGAUAAAAGACAAUACAGUAGUUCCAAUUAAUGACUUAACUGGUAUGUUGUCGUCAUCAUCCACACAACCAGAAAAUUCAACAAAUAAUGACUCUCAGGGACAAAUGUUAGCUGUCUUCCAACCGCCAUUGUCUUCAGAUCCUAAUAUUAACACGUCUUCUGAUGGUGAGCUGUUAAACUCUAACUCGUAUGACGAGAAUCCUUAUGCUUGUGACAUGUUGAGACAUUCAAUACCUUUAGACUAUCAUGUCAGCAGUAAGGUUAAAUCUGAUGUUUGGUGUAUUAAUUAUGUAAAUUUUGCUUUAUUAUUACCUUCUAACAUUGAUGAUACAUGUAAUGAAUCAACAUUAUUUGAGAAUUUGAAUAUAACAAUUUCAAAUAGGAAGUCUAACAAAGAGCUUUUGUCCAUUCACCAAUGGACAAAUGCUUUUGACAUAUUUAUGUCUAUAUAUCUUGAAAAGAAUUUGAGGUCGGCUAGAGCAUUGAUUAAAUAUGGUUUUAAUGUACGGUCAUUAUGCAAGUCCUUGGGUUUCCAAGCCGCUAAAGUAUAUGAUGAGAAAUUUAGAAAGAUAAGAAAAAUUUUAGGGUUACAAUGGGAUCAAAUCAAUGAUGAACUUUGGCGAUCUGCUGCUUUAUAUGAAAGACAAUCUGAUUUUUCAGGUCAAAAUAAGAAGUUGUAUGCUAAAACCUCAAACUCAGACCCAAAUUCUUUUCAAAGGAGGGCCCAGCAUCAGUAUCAAUUCCCAAAUGGCUAUUGCUGGGCCUUCUGUAAAUCAGGGGAAUGCACAUCAAAGUUUUGUAAACUCAAAAACCAAUGUGUACACUGCAGCAAGAAACACUGUACCCUUACAUGUCCAGAGCAAAAAGGAAAACAGGCAAACUUUGUCAAAACUUCCAACACCAAUAAAGGUUGAAAAUUUAGAACAUUUUUUAGUAGGUUAUGAAACCCAGUUGAAAGAUAAAUUGAUUCAUGGUUUUUCUUUUGGAUUUUCAAUUAAUUCUUGUUUUUCUACAUCCCUUAAUAAGAAGAUUUUUCCUCCAAAUCAUAA